AUGCCGCCUUCAACGCCCUACCGACCGACCGAACCGCCAGAUUCCCCCGUCCAUGAUUCCGACUCAGAUGCCGAUCUAGAUCUCCAGGAGCUAGAUCCAACCACGUCCUCCCACGCCCAGAGCUCUAAACUUCUGGGAUCUAAAUCUAGCGAGGAGCAGAGAGGACCGCGGAUCGCGCUACGGAAUCUCCGCAUGGGUGGCCUGAGGCGGACUGGUAAACGAACACGGGGUUAUGGAGAACUCGGUCACAACAGGGAUGGGGAUGAGGACGCCAUGGGUCUGCUAGAUGAUGGAGAUGACCAACCGCAGCGGUACUCGGACGGAAGUGGUACCGCAGAUGAUGAUGCUCCCCUCCUCAAAGAACACGGGUCACGUCCCAGACGAUCCUUUGCUGGCGACCGGAUACAGAAUCUAGCCAACCUAGGCGCCUCUCUUCGACUACCUAGUUUCAUGUCAAGCACUAGCGCAAGCCGGCAAGAGGACGAAGACGAUGCUGCCGAACAAGAGGAAAACGAUCCUUCGGCGUCGAGGGCCGUUGCCGUUGGCUCGACCCAGUUGACCCGCUUUCCACCCAACAUUGUCUCGAAUGCCAAGUACACCGCCUUCAGUUUCCUCCCGGUGACGCUGUAUAACGAGUUCUCCUUCUUCUUCAACAUGUACUUCUUGCUGGUCGCCCUGUCACAGGCCAUACCAGCUUUGAGGAUAGGCUAUCUCAGCACCUACAUUGCUCCUCUGGCAUUCGUCCUCAUGAUUACCAUGGGCAAGGAGGCGUACGACGAUAUUGAACGAAGACGGAGGGACAACGAGGCCAACGCCGAGGCCUAUGCCUGUCUCUACUUUGAUGAACCGGACCAACCCAGUCACCAGGUCUCACGACCCCGGCGAAAGCUCAAGUCUUCCCAUCGCAAAACCCAGCGCCGAUCCUUGAACCCGCGGGACAGAUUGUCAGAUAUCCAAGAGGAGGAAGAACAAGCACAAGGUCAAGGGCUGGGUCAGCCAUCGUCUUACGUUCAAGAAAUCAGCAAAAAGUCCCGUGACCUUCGAGUGGGAGAUGUGCUGAAGCUUGGAAAGGGCCAGCGCGUACCUGCCGACGUUGUCAUACUUAAGUGUCUAGCCCCAGAAGGUUCAACAAAUCAGACCCAGGGUCUCGAAAGUAUAGAAGAAGAGUCGUUAUUGGCCGAUGCGCCGAGCGACUCCAAGUCGGCCAAGGGAAAAGAAGCGGAACCAACCAAGGCAGCCAGUGAGGGCGGCUCCAGUGGUGAGGCCUUCAUCAGAACUGAUCAGCUUGACGGCGAGACGGACUGGAAACUUCGCUUGGCAUCUGCUUUGACGCAAAACUUGCCACUCGAAGAGUUCGUGCGCCUGCGAGUCACUGGAGGCAAACCUGACAAGAAGGUGAAUGAAUUCAUUGGCACCGUGGAGCUCAUGCCCUCCAAGCAGCACGCGUUAAGCCAUAACGGUGCGGGUGAAGGUGACGAAGGAGACAGGAACCAGUCUGCCCCAUUGUCCAUCGACAACACAGCCUGGGCCAACACCGUUAUCGCGUCACAGGCCAUCACAUUGGCUGUCAUCGUUUACACGGGGCCACAGACCCGGUCUGCCCUAUCCACAGCGCCGUCACGAUCCAAAACCGGGUUGUUAGAGUACGAGAUCAACUCACUUACGAAAAUCCUAUGCGCUUUGACUCUAGCUCUGUCCAUUAUUCUGGUCGCCCUUGAGGGCUUCAGCAAUACGGAGGGGAACAUAUGGUACGUAAAGAUCAUGCGAUUCCUCGUUUUGUUCUCGACAAUCGUCCCGAUCAGUCUCCGUGUCAAUUUGGACAUGGGCAAGAGUGUAUAUUCCUGGUUCAUUCAACGCGACCCGGGCAUUCCUGGAGCUGUGGUCCGCACCAGUACCAUCCCCGAGGACUUGGGCAGAAUUGAGUACCUACUCAGCGACAAAACGGGAACAUUGACGCAGAACGAGAUGGAGAUGAAGAAGAUACACGUUGGAACAGUCUCUUACGCCAAUGAUGCCAUGGAUGAAGUGACAGCUUACGUCAAGCAUGGCUUUGCUCAUCCACCGAGUGACAGCUCACUGGUAACGCCGUCAUCAACAUACAAUACGACCUCGGGGGUUACUGCGACGCGUACCCGCCGAGAAAUCGGGUCCCGAGUCCGCGACGUGGUUCUCGCUUUAGCCUUAUGUCACAACGUGACGCCAACUGCGGAAGAGGUAGACGGCCAGACAGUAACAGCGUACCAAGCCUCCUCGCCUGAUGAAAUAGCUAUCGUUCGUUGGACAGAGUCUGUUGGCCUUCGGCUGGUCAACCGAGACCGAAGGAGCAUGGCUCUGGAGUCUACGGAGACUGGCAAAGUCGUAGUCCAAGUCAGAAUUCUCGAGGUUUUCCCGUUUACUUCCGAAGGCAAACGCAUGGGCAUUAUUGUCCAGUUCUAUGAACAUGCACAAACAACCCCACCGACCUUCGACGCUGGGGAAAUAUGGUUCUACCAGAAAGGCGCCGACACGGUGAUGAGUACCAUUGUCGCCGCCAACGAUUGGCUCGACGAGGAGACUGCAAACAUGGCGCGUGAAGGACUAAGAACCCUCGUAGUUGGUCGAAAGAAGCUAUCUCUUGAGCAAUACCGCGAGUUUUCUACCAGUCAUCAAGAAGCCUCAAUGGCGAUCAAUGGGCGGGAUGCCGGUCUACAACAGGUGGUGGCGCAUUACCUCGAACGCGACCUGGAACUCUUGGGAGUGACGGGCGUUGAAGACAAGCUGCAGAGAGAUGUGAAACCAUCUCUGGAGCUCUUGCGUAAUGCCGGCAUCAAAAUCUGGAUGUUGACUGGUGACAAGGUUGAGACGGCAAGAUGUGUCGCUGUCAGUUCGAAACUUGUGGCUCGAGGUCAAUACAUUUACACCGUCGCUAAGCUUAAGAGGAAGGACAAUGCCCAAGACCACCUUGAUUUCAUGAGGAGCAAGACAGAUUCCUGCUUACUCAUUGACGGAGAGAGUCUGGCACUGUUCUUGACGCACUUCAGAACCGAGUUCAUCUCUGUCGCCGUCCUCCUUCCUACAGUUGUGGCAUGUCGCUGCUCCCCUACGCAGAAAGCCGAAGUCGCGAAACUCAUCAGAGAAUACACCAAGAAGCGGGUGUGCUGCAUUGGUGACGGUGGCAACGACGUUUCCAUGAUCCAAGCAGCUGAUGUGGGCGUGGGUAUUGUAGGAAAGGAGGGUCGACAAGCCAGUCUCGCAGCGGAUUUCUCUAUAGAGCAAUUUUGCCACCUCACGAAGCUGCUGGUGUGGCAUGGUCGUAACAGUUACAAGAGAAGCGCCAAACUCGCCCAAUUCGUCAUCCACCGUGGCCUAAUCGUGGCCGUUUGUCAGACAAUGUACAGUAUUGCCAUUAAGUUCGAACCCGAAGGACUCUACUUGGACUGGCUUCUUGUCGGAUAUGCCACCGUUUACACGGCAGCACCUGUCCUGUCCCUGGUCCUUGACAAGGACGUUGAUGAGAAUUUGGCAAAUCUGUAUCCCGAGCUCUACAAGGAACUCACAUCCGGCCGUUCACUCUCUUACCGAACCUUCUUCGUCUGGGUCUUCGUUUCCAUCUACCAAGGUGGAAUGAUUCAAGGUCUGUCGCAGAUCUUGACUGAAGUCGACGGGCCCAGAAUGGUAGCGGUCAGCUACACUGUUCUUGUGCUCAACGAGCUUCUCAUGGUAGCAAUCGAAAUCACAACUUGGCAUCCGGUCAUGAUCAUAAGCAUUGUGGGCACAUUCCUCAUGUACAUUGGCUCCAUACCUUUCCUCGGAGGGUACUUUGACCUUGAUUUCAUGCUGACCUGGGGAUUCGCCUGGCGUGUUCUUGCCAUCGGAGCAAUCUCGCUGAUACCACCGUAUGCGGGCAAAUUGAUUAGGAGGACAAUGAAACCGCCGUCGUACAGAAAGGUUCAGGGGAUCUGA